AGCAGUUUACGACAACGCCGGUCGUGUUUACGGCGCCGGCUGCUGUGCGCGCGUCUUUCCUCUUUUCCCAGUUCAUCGGACCACAGGCGGCGGUGCGGUCUCCGGCCUGGACAAUCUCUCGCCAUCGGGCCCGGGGGAGGCCAUUGCAGGUUUUAGAAGAUGGCAAAGUUCAUGACACCCGUGAUCCAGGACAACCCCUCAGGCUGGGGUCCCUGUGCGGUUCCCGAGCAGUUUCGGGAUAUGCCCUACCAGCCAUUCAGCAAAGGAGAUCGGCUAGGAAAGGUUGCAGACUGGACAGGGGCCACAUACCAAGAUAAGAGGUACACAAAUAAGUACUCCUCUCAGUUUGGAGGUGGAAGUCAGUAUGCUUACUUCCAUGAGGAGGAUGAAACUAGUUUCCAGCUGGUGGAUACGGCGCGCACACAGAAGACCGCCUACCAGCGGAAUCGGAUGCGAUUUGCACAGCGGAACCUCCGCAGAGACAAGGAUCGACGGAACAUGUUGCAGUUCAACCUGCAGACCCUGCCUAAGAGCGCCAAGCAGAAGGAGAGAGAACGCAUACGACUGCAGAAAAAAUUCCAGAAACAAUUUGGAGUGAGGCAGAAAUGGGACCAAAAAUCACAGAAGCCCCGGGACUCCUCAGUGGAAGUCCGCAGUGACUGGGAGGUGAAGGAGGAGAUGGACUUUCCUCAGUUGAUGAAGAUGCGCUACUUGGAAGUGUCAGAGCCCCAGGACAUCGAGUGCUGCGGGGCCCUGGAAUACUACGACAAAGCCUUCGACCGCGUCACCACGAGGAGCGAGAAGCCGCUGCGCAGCAUCAAGCGCAUCUUCCACACCGUCACCACCACGGACGACCCCGUCAUCCGGAAGCUGGCAAAAACUCAGGGGAACGUGUUUGCCACCGAUGCCAUCCUGGCCACACUGAUGAGCUGCACCCGCUCCGUGUAUUCCUGGGACAUCGUCGUCCAGAGAGUCGGGUCCAAGCUCUUCUUUGACAAGAGAGACAACUCUGACUUCGACCUCCUGACGGUGAGCGAGACAGCCAACGAGCCCCCGCAAGAUGAAGGCAACUCCUUCAACUCACCCCGCAACCUGGCCAUGGAAGCAACCUACAUCAACCACAACUUCUCCCAGCAGUGCUUGAGGAUGGGGAAGGAAAGAUACAACUUCCCCAACCCAAACCCGUUUGUGGAGGAUGACAUGGAUAAGAAUGAGAUUGCCUCUGUGGCCUACCGUUACCGCAGGUGGAAGCUCGGAGACGACAUUGACCUCAUCGUCCGCUGUGAGCACGACGGCGUCAUGACUGGUGCCAACGGGGAGGUGUCGUUCAUCAACAUCAAGACCCUCAACGAGUGGGACUCGAGGCACUGCAAUGGCGUCGACUGGCGCCAGAAGCUGGAUUCUCAGCGAGGGGCCGUCAUUGCCACCGAGCUGAAGAACAACAGCUACAAGUUGGCCCGCUGGACCUGCUGUGCUUUGCUGGCCGGAUCCGAGUACCUCAAGCUUGGUUACGUGUCCCGGUACCACGUGAAAGACUCCUCACGCCACGUCAUCCUGGGCACCCAGCAGUUCAAGCCCAAUGAGUUUGCCAGCCAGAUCAACCUGAGCGUGGAGAAUGCCUGGGGCAUCCUGCGCUGCGUCAUCGACAUCUGCAUGAAGCUGGAGGAGGGCAAGUACCUCAUCCUCAAGGACCCCAACAAGCAGGUCAUCCGCGUCUAUAGCCUGCCCGACGGCACCUUCAGCUCGGAUGAGGACGACGAGGAGGAGGAGGAGGAAGAAGAGGAAGAAGAAGAGGAAGAAACCUAAACCAGACAGUGAUGUGGAGCUGGAUCCUGCGAUUCUGCCGAGCCUAGGAGGGCCUUGUAUACCUGGGGGAAUGUUUGAUUGUUGCUCUCUGCAGCUUGAAAGUUGGAGUAAAGUAUAAGUCUGUCUAGUCUCUUACUUUCAUCGUGUGCCUAUGUUAUGAUUGGCAGCCCUUCUUCUCCGAGUAGCCCUUGGGAGAGGGAGGGUGAGAUACAGCAGUCUUUCUGGAGUUCAUAAUCUGGGUUCCAUCCUUUGUUCCUAAGCAUUAGUAGUUUUACAUUCCUGUUAGGAGGUGAAUGCCCUGGAUUUUUUUGUUCUUGGAACCCCUUGAAAUUAUCCUUUCCUGGGGAGUGUUGUCCAUUGUGAGUUCCCCGUAGGAAGUCCAUUUCCACAAGCACGAGUGCCUGCUGGCUGUGUGCCAGACCCAGCUGCUGCCUUCAGAGACACACAUCACUGGUGAAACAUGAAGCAGGGCAGUCUUUGAAGGUUGAGGUGGGGCGGCUGCAGGUGGAGGAGACUGCCUUGGAAGAUUCUGAUGGAUGUUCCACUGUGUGGUGAUCGUAAUGGUUCGUAAAUUGUUUUCAAGCUUGCCUUGGGCUGGUGACAGGAUCUCAAGCUGGCACCCUCAAAGAACUGUGUCAUAAAUCAGAGCUACAUAUGUUUAGUACCUGUAAACUUUUUAUAAGCGGACAGGGUUCUGUCCGAUGUACAGAACACUAUGAAGUAAUAUACUGUGCCACGUGUUAUACUGCGUGUUCUAUAAAUAUCUCAUCGGACCCUGACACAGAACUGUAAUGCUGGUGGAAGUCAUACCAUUAUACAGAUGAGAAAACUGGCUCAGCUUCUGGGUGACGGUCCUAAAGUUAACAAUUGUAAUCAAAAUAAUUGAGCCUCAGAAAGCAAGCAAAAACUUACUGGACUGUGUUGUCAGAGUUACUAGGAAAA